AUGGCAUUAGCCGAAACGGCCGUCAGCCAAACUUCACAGUUUAAUAAAAUAACGAAGAAACUACUGAAGAGAUCAAUCGACGAAGCCAGUGUGCGAUUGAUGAGUAGGUCGCAGCUGCUAGAAACGCGGGCAACAAAUUUGGCGGACAGCGUUGAAUCUCCAUGCAGUAUUGCGACGGAGGGCGCUGUGUCGGAAGAUACUGAAGGUGGAUUGACCUUAUACGAAAGAAAACGGUUAGAAAUGGAAUAUAAGCUUCGAGAAGCGGAGAUUGUUAGACAACGUGAAAAAGAUGAGAGGGAAUAUAAACUUAGAGAAUCAGAGAUGGCCAGACAGCCAGAAAGAGAUGGAAAAAAGAUGAAGGGAAAUAUAAACUUAGAGAAGCAAAGGUGGUCAGACAGCGAGAAAGAGAUGAAGCAGAAUUUCGGCUUAAGAGCCAAGAAAAUUCAAGCCAAUUUGCUGAUAACGAGUUUAAACGAAAAGGCCAAAACAUGGUUGCAUACUAUUUCUGCUGACGGUUUGAAGGAUUAUGGCAAAAUUAAAAAACUCAUUCUACGAGAGUUCAAGUUAAACCCGACAAAAUUGAGAGAGGAAUUCUUUGCCCUGAGAAAACAGAAAAACGAAUCAUACACAAAGUUCGGGGUGAAAUUAUAUGGCACGCUGAACCAUUAUUUUCAAAGCCGUAACAUUAUGGGAUUAGAAGAUGCAAUGAAAUUGAUAUGUGCAGAUAGAAUGAAAGAGUUGAUAUCAAGGCAUACACUGGAAUUUAUUGUGUCACAGGAACAAGCGGCUUCCUGGAUAAGUCAUGACGUGUUGGCACAAACAAUCGACAAAUAUAAAGCUGCCAUGAACAUAAUAGUUUCCAGCAACACUACACAUAUGUCUGACAGUAGCAGUCAGAUACAAUCGACUCGAGAAAACAAAAACCAGAUGUAUAAGAGUAAUGGCAACAAAAUAGUUUCACCCAAACAGACAUGUUUUUCUUGGGGAAAGACCAGUCACAUUGCAAAGCGCUGUAAAUGGAAAAGAAGAGAUACACUUACGGCUACUAGAAACGUCAUGCGUUGCGAGACGAACAAAGAAACACAAAGACCACAACAAAAACAACAACGUCAACAGCAGAGGCAGCCAAAAAAGCAACCGCAACAACAUCAGAAACAAACUAAUGAUGAAAUAACAAAUUAUAAAAGUGUUGACAACAUCAGCUCCUCAAAAUAUGAUCAUAAAUCUUCUGGUGGGACUCUACCACCCAGAUCGUCCAAUGCCGAGAAUUUUUUGGAAAGCAUCAAAACUCCUGCGAAGCCGACGACAUCAAGACAAGUUUCAGUAGAAUUUCCGUUAACACACGCGUCCUUAGCAUCAUCGACAGCCAAUGAAAGAAGUCACACAGUUUCAGAAAGCUUGUCAGUCGCGUGUAUAACGUUGGAGUGCCCAUCCCAUGAGCUAUUGAAAGACAACAACUUCAUCUGGCACAAGUACAAUUCUUACCGAGCCAACUGCCUCAAGGAUUGUCGGAAGGUUGGGAUCGGGCAGUCUACAGAAAUGAACACCCUUUUCAGGUUUUGGUCAUUUUUUCUUCUUCCUCACUUUCACCGAAAAAUGUACGAGGAGUUCAGGCAACUUGCCAUUGAAGAUGCCAAUAAAGAGUUCAGCGAUUAUCAAAACGGCCAGUUAUAUGGCCUGGAAAAGUUCUGGGCUUUCCUCAAAUAUUCAAGGAAGCAUGUGCUGGUAGAUGGCAGGUUGAGGGGAUGGCUCAGCAAGUAUCAGAGACUGGAGGAUUUCAGAGUUGAUUUUUCGGUUCGGGGCCAAGCUUCCAUCACAGCAGUCAAAUGCAACCUCAUUUUUACUCGAACCCCCAAUGAAUUAUAUGACCAGAUUAUAAGCGGUGGGCCUAGCCUUUCGCUCAAAAGCACGCAAGGCAGCGUGGAUGCAUUUUAUGUCAUACCCAAGACCAUCUGGAAUGGUCAAAACACGGCCAAAAAUGGUGUUGGAAUUUUUGUCAGAGAACCGCUAGCCCAAGAAGUACUGGAUAUUAAAAGGAUUAAUUCACGUCUCAUGUGGAUCAAGCUUCGCAUAGAAAAGCAAACUGAUUAUUUUUUCUGCAUACCAAAAUCUGAAACAAUCCUGAUUGGAGGCGAUCUCAAUGGCCACGUUGGAGAGAAAACCGAUGGUUUUGACAACGUACAUGGCGGUUUUGGCUAUGGAAAACGGAAUGAAGAUGGCAACCGCAUCCUUGAGUUUGCUGAAAGUCACGGGUUUUGUUUACUGAACACAUAUUUUAGAAAGAGACGCAGAAACUGUUACAACAAGUAA